CAUUCAUAUUUCUUCUCGAAGAUCACAACCAGUUUCAAGCUCAAUUCGUCUUCCGAAGGCUCAAUUUUCGUGUACCAGGGAAGAAAAUGGAAGGGAAAAAUACCCAAAUGUGUUAUUGGCAAGUUGAGUUUGAGUAAGCACAAUGGUUGGUGUAGACCAUAUUAAGAGAUCUAUGCUUCCCAAAAAGAUUUGUGAUGGCUGGAAAAUGGCAUCUCAUGCCCAUGUUCCUCGAAAAUUGAGAUCAGCCAUUAAGAAGAGAAAUGGAGCACCGAUUUCAUUGCCUUUUUCGGGAAACGGGAAGCAUAAGAAAAGCGAAAAGAAAUCAGAACUGAAUUUGGGAGAAGAAAAACAUAAGGAUGUUAUGGGGUCAAAAAUCACCGAAGAUGAGCAAGAAGUUGCAGAAGCUUUGUUUGCUCUUGCAGGCCUUGCAGCUAGUUCUAUACGUUCAUUAAACGUUAUGGAGAAUGAAAAGGAAACUGUGGCAAUGUGCCUUGAAUUUGCAGCUGAAGGCUCCCAACCAUCUUCAAAUGCUGAAGAAACUGUUAAAUUUCAAACACCAUCACACGAUCAACUCCACAGGUUUAUACCAACUGACUUGAAUGUGGAAAGCAAUGGUGUUGCUGGUGAUGGGUCUAAAAUGUAUGGAAACAACACUUUCAUUGCCCAAAGAACUCAAACCCCAAAAUCCAUUUCGGAAAAGGAGUCGUGGAAGCGAAGCUGCACACAUGUUUAUGUAAGCCGACUGAUUAAAGUCUUACAGAGAUCUAAUGGGACUUUGGCUGAUGAAUUGCUGUAUCAAUCAACACCACAAACUAGUGUAUCCAAACAGAUUCUAUUGCCGCCACCUUACUCUGUGGUGCCGCCAAGACAGGGAGAAUUACAAAAUUGGCCAACUCACUUCCUACCAGCGCCAUACAAAGUGGUGGGUGCUUCCCAUAUACUGGAAUGGGAAAAUGUAGGGCAGAAUGGACAUUCCCCUCUCCAGUCUGCCCCCAAGUUUCUGAGCCCCCAUUAUUCCUUGCACCCACUGCAACAGCUGCACUCAGCGAUGAUGGCUAGAGGGCAGUAUCGUCAUUUACCUGACGCUGGCUUUGACGGAAAUGGACUGCCGGGAGGACUGUACCACAGUAGCAUCCCAACUUUGCAAAUGCUCUGCAAUGGUCACCAUUGAUUUAUUUUAUUUUAUUUUUUCCUCUUCUUUUUGUACAUCCAUAUCCAUGAAUGAAUACCCAUUCAUAUA